CUACAAAGGUCAACUUCGCCGACAGUAUCAUCAUCGACAGCCGGAGGCCAUCAUGUCAGACGUUGGUAAACCCACACCGUCAUCGCCUCUACCACCGGUCGAGGCCCCACCGGCACCCGCUCCUCCGGUCACUACGAAACCCGUAAAACCCGCUCCUGGUCCUGCCCCAGCCGCCCUCAAAGCCCUCGAACAUACCGGCGUUCCCCCCUCUUUGCUCCGUUGGAAACCCAAGCUCCCUUCCAGAAACUGGUCCAUCUUCCUCACCAUCGUCGGGACGGUCUCUUACGCGUACUACUACGACCGCAAGGAAUGCGCGAGGCUGAAGAAGGAGUAUGCGGAUAGGGUCAGGUACUUGUCGAAAGAGGAGAUCGAAGGUGGACCUCUGGGGUAUGGCAGAAAGGUUACGGUUUACGCUGCCAAGUGGCCCGAGGAUGAUGAGUGGGAGAGAGGGUUGCAAUACUUCAAGCGGUACAUCAAGCCCGUCCUCGUCGCCGCUGCAAUCGACUAUGACAUGGUCUCUUGCCCUCAAUACGGCGCAUUGACCCGUCACAUCUCUGACCACAUCCUCACUUCCCGUCGGCGCCAUCUCUCGGAGAAAUACAACCUCUCUCCUCCCCUCGAACCCCCUGUCCUCGACAUUAUGGCCGGAGCUCCCGGACAACUCUCUCCUGAAGAUCGUGAGCGACGUAGAAUUCAGGGCGGAGCGAUCAUCAUCGGCCGGCAUACGUUGAAAGAAUACAUGCAAGGGUUGAAGGACGGGUAUAUGAACGGGAUCGUCAGGGAGGACAGAGAAAAGGUCGUCGAGCGCGUCUUGGAGGGUGAUGGGGUUUUCGAGACCAAGGAGGAGAUCGAGGCUAAGAAGGUGGAAGCGGAGGAAAGGGCGAGGAAUAGGAUGAGCAACACUGGCGAGGCCGCACCAGUUGUCAACAACCCAGUCAACUUGUCAGCCAUGUCGUUCAUGAACCGACCCAUGGUGCCCACCCCUACCCCGACUCCGACGUCGGUCCCAUCGACACCGCCAGUCGAUCCCCUUACCCUCCUUCCCUCGCACGCUCACCUUCCCCCCUCUCCCCUUCCGGAACAACCGACCAUGCUCCUCGUACCCUGGAUCAACCAUCUCGGGUUCAAACAAGUCCCCUAUAUGAUAUGGGACCUCUUUACGGAGAGGUACAAGUACAAGAUCGGAGGAGAAGCCGGCUUGAAGUUGAUCUUCGGGGAGAAACGCGAGUUUAUCGGCGGGCGGGUUUCCGAGGUCGGCAGUGGGGUAGAGAGCGGGAUGGGCCAGGAAAAGAUGUUGCAGGACAUGGCUACCGAGUCGACCUCGUCGACUUUUACGUCGAACUCGUCGCUGAGCGGACCAAGCGAUCUCGACUUUGACCUAGAUGCCGAGAGUUACUAUAAAAAGGCUUUCAACGAGACCCACUCUCGGAUCCAGAAGAACCGGGAAUCCUACUACUCGGAACUCAAGACCCGCCUCGCUACCGCCCGAGAGCUCGCCAGCGGGACUCGAGAGCCCACCGCCGACGAACAAGCUCGACCCCCUACGACCGAAUCCGAAUUGAGGCAGGAACGGUUGAAACGCGAGGUCAGGUGGAUGAACGAGGAACAAGGGUACGAGGUCGUCAAGAAGGGUCAGCCUGUGACGUGGGAUGGGAGGUGGGAGAGUUGGUUGAACGUGUAUGGGGAUGUGCCGGCCGAGAGGUAUCCGGCGUUGCCUGUCGAGGCGAAGCAGCAGGAAGAGGUUGUAUAAAUGGGUCAUCAGGCUCAGUGCUCAGUGUGUGACA